AUGGAGUUGGAUGGCGUGUCGCGCCGCGCUGCGCCUGUCGACGGCGCGGGCGAGCGUGCCGAAGGCGCGUCUAUGCGUACUAACGAGGUGCCGGUGCGCCGGGGGAGCCACGAAGAGGAGUCACGGACGCUCCCCCGCCGCGACCAGUCGUGUGCUGCGUGCGGUCUGCCGAUGACUGGGCAGUUUGUGCGUGCACUCGGUGGUGUGUACCACCUGGACUGCUUCCGAUGUGCGGACUGUAACAAGACGGUGGCCUCCAAGUUUUUCUCCGCGACCGACGACAUGGCCGGCCCCAGCGGCAAGCUGUUCCCGCUGUGUGAGACGGACUACUUCCGCCGCCUGGACCUGCUGUGUGCCAAGUGCGGGCGCGCGCUCCGUGGGAGCUACAUCACGGCGCUCGGCGCCAAGUACCACGUCGAGCACUUUACGUGCUCCGUGUGCCCCACCGUCUUCGGUCCGAACGACAGCUACUACGAGCACGGCGGACGCGUGUACUGCCACUUUCACUACAGCACACGCUUUGCGAUCCAGUGCUCGGGCUGCCACACGGCGAUUCUGAAGCAGUUUGUCGAGAUCAACCGCAACAACUGCGACGAGCACUGGCACCCCGAGUGCUACAUGAUCCACCGCUACUGGAAGAUCAAGCUGGGCACGCCGUCGGUGCCUCCUGCGGUCCCCCUCGAAACCAUGCGCCAGAUGCCGGGCGCCUUGAGCAUCUCGCCGACGUCCAGCGAAGAGGCGCUCGACAACCCCGAGCAGCUCUCGCUCGAGACGCUGCGUCUCGAGGCGAUCGAGGACCCCGAGUCACUCCUCGAAAAGCAGCGCCUGAUGGAGACACGCGUGUUUACCAUCUGGCGCGUGCUCUCUGCCUUUGAAGAGUCGUCGGCCGCGUGCAUUUCCGAUAUGCUGCGCCACGUCAGCAACGGCAAGUACCUUGGCGGCGUGCGCUACGCGGGCCGCUUUGUGCUGCACGUCGAGGUGCUCUUCUCUGCGAUCGACGAGCUCGAGUCGCAGUUCCAGCGCGCGCACGCCAAGUCGAUUUUGUACGUGCGUGAGGCGCGCAUGCUCUGCAAAAAGAUCGUCAACUUUUUCUCCCUCUUCUCGCACACUCAGGCGACCGGCGCACGGCGCAUGGGCAUCACGCAGGAGCUCUUGUCGCUCGUCACCGGUGUCGCGCACUACCUCAAGAUUCUGAUCCGCAUCUCGCUCACCGGCGCCUUGCGUCUCGAUCAGGAACACAGCAUGCCGGCGGCGCUUGAGUCCUUCCUCGCGACGCUCGACGAGCUCGUGCGCCAGCAGAACGAGGCGAGCACGCUGGACCUCGACACGGACACCGCGCACGGCUACCUGUCCCUGCCGCGGCUGCGCAGCGGGCCGAAUGCCGAGGCCCCGCCCGAGAGCGCGUCGGACCUGUGCGUGCAGUGCACCAAGACGGUCGAGGAAGAGUGCCUGCGUGUCUAUGUCACCUACCGCUGGCACUGGGGCUGCGUGCGCUGCGCGACGUGCCAGCGCGGCCUGCUCAAGCCGGACGGGACGCCAGCGCGGCCCGGCACCGAGUCGCUCGAGCCUGUGCCGUGGGGCGAGAUGCGCUACAAGGCUGUCCGGCGGCCGGACGGCAAGACGCAACACAUGGCGUACUGCAUCUCGUGCACGCCCCCCGACGCGAUCCACUUUAUGCCCGUCUCGCGCCUGGAGCAGUAUGCCUUUUUGCUGUGCGUCGCGCUGAACCGCCUGCACACGCUCCUGCGCAAGAAGCAGGCGUCGCUCGCCGCCGGCCUCGAGCCCGACAAGUCGGACUCGGAUGCGGCGAGCGAGAUUGGCUCGGAGCUCACCGUGGCCGAGUCGAGCACCUACCGAAAGUCGCAAGAGGUGAAGCGUCUCGAGUCGCUCUAUCUCGACCGGCACAUGUCGAGCAAAGCGCGCAUGCCGCGCGUCUCGACGGUGGUGGGCAGCCCCGCGGGCUACCACACGCAGCCCGCGGAUGCGCCCGCAGAGGUCAAGGACGUCCCGCUGCACAACCCGUGGGAAGCGCCGUCGGGCGACGCGCCCGGCGCCAUUGUGCCGAUCCGCGCGCCGUUUGCGCGGCACAAUGACGAUGUGCUGGUGCGCGAAGACUCGCGGCGUGCGCCGAUGGGCGACGCGCUCGGCACGCACAUGCCGAACGACGAAGGUAUUACGCUCGCCGACAUCCCCAUGAUUCUGCAGGCGGAGCAGGACCGCGAGCAGCUGGGCGGCGCGGGAGUCGCCGAGCUGCGCGAGCGCCGUCCGAUCAGCUCGCUUGCGCCGGAGGAGAUGUUUGUGCUGAAGCAUGUGGCGCUUGUGCGCCUGCAGCAGUCGCCGCUCGCCGACGCGAUUGCCGCCGACAACCUAAUGGAGCUGGUCGAGGCGCGGCGGAACACGUUCUGGGGCAAGCUCUUUAAAGGCAACACGCGCCGCGACGUGCGCAAGAAGGGCGUGUUUGGCGUGUCGCUCGAGCUGCUGGUGGAGCGCAACGGUGCGGACUCGACGCUGGGCGCGACGCCGACGCCGAUGCGCAUCCCCUCGUUCGUGGACGAUGUGAUUAGUGCGAUGCGGCAGAUGGAUGUGUCGGUCGAGGGCAUCUUUCGCAAGAACGGCAAUGUGCGCCGGCUUAAGGAGCUGGUCGAGGCGCUGGACCGCGAGCAGGACGGCAUCAAUCUGCUGGAGGACAACCCCGUGCAGCUUGCCGCGCUGCUGAAGCGCUUCUUCCGCGAGCUGCCGGACCCGCUGAUGACCUCGAAGCUCUACCGCCUCUUUAUCCGUGCGCAGCAGCUCGAGAGCGAGGCGGAGCGCCACCGCCUGCUGCAGAUGGUCGCCUUCCUGCUUCCCAAGGUGCACCGCGACACGAUGGAGGUGCUCUUUGUCUUUUUGAAGUGGGUCGCCUCCUUCUCGCAUGUCGACGAAGAGACGGGCAGCCGCAUGGACCUGCCGAACCUUGCGACGGUGGUGUGCCCGAAUAUCCUCUAUGCGCGCGCUUCCGAGCCGACGCGCGGCGAGACGAUCCUCGCGAACCGCGUCGUGGAGCAUCUGCUGGAGCGCCAGGACGAGUUCUGGGUCGUGCCCGAGGACAUGGAGGCCGCGCUCGAGGACCGCGUGCUGGUCGCCGCCGCGCCCGAGAUGAGCGCGGCGGAGCUCUUGAAGCGCUGCGGCAAGUACCUCGCGUGA